GUCGGUUUCAAAAUGGCGGCGGCAGUGAAGAGAAAACCGGAAUCUAUUGUGCCGCCAGAAGAAAGUGAUUUGCUCAGAAUAACGCCACUGUAAGUUGCUUUUUACCUCAAAUCUUGAAGUGACUAUGUAAAUAAGUCAACGCAUUUGUGUUUGAUGGAUACCGAUCUGUUGCUGGUUGUAAACUGCAUUAGAACGUGCGUCUGCACGUGUACUGACCACAAAAACUCUUUAGUAACCUAUCGCAAUCGAUUUCGGACGUUUUCGACAUAUUUGACCGUGCAUUUUCGCAAUUUAGUAGGCCUUUUUCACCAGUGACCUCAGAUAUCCCGGUGGACGUGUCGCUGUAAAUAAAUGAGCAGUCGAUUAACGGUACAAAAUAUUAUUUCUGUGUACGCCAUCAUUGUUAUUAAAAUGGUUUGCUGAGACGGAGAUGGCUUCUCAGACUUUAGGCGUAGGUCUUAAAUUGAAUUAUUUUCCGGUAUGUUUACCUAGGGGAGCUGGGCAAGAAGUUGGUCGGUCAUGUCACAUCCUGGAAUUCAAAGGAAAGAAAGUGAUGGUUAGUAUUACAGGGUACUGAACCCUUUCACUGGCAAGAUUCAAAAUCUUACAUUUUUUGCCGUGACUAUGGGAAACCCAAUAGCCUAAUGAUUCAUAGACUGGACUCUGUGCCAAGAGGUCUGAGUUUAAAACCUGGCUGGGUCAUUGUGUAGUGUUUUAUGAGCAAAAUACCUUACUCUUACAGUGCCUUGUUCUACCCAGGAGUAGGACUGGGUAUAGGCAUAUAGUCAGGGAAGCCUGACGAAAUGCAAGGGGGGAACUUUGUGAUGGACUAGCAUCUCAUCAGGAGGGAGCAAUGAUACUUUUAGUUACUUCAUGCUGAGAUAAGCUCCAGUUGGAAGAAGCACUUGGUUUAAUUAUUGACUCUUCUGUCUUGACCUGUCCUAACAAUGUAGUGUUGUAUCAUUGCUUGGUUGAUGAUUUUUUCAGUUCUUGUCACCUCUAGCUGUGUAACAACUCCUACCCUUGUUGUAUGUCAAUUCACUGAGUCCUCAGGGUUAAUGAUACUUUCUUUUGUGGACAUUGAGGGUUAUGCAGGCACAAAUACGAACAGUUUUGAAAGAGAGGAACCUUUGAGUAAUUCAACAAAAAAAGAGAUGCAACAACAGAUUUUAUGCAACUGCACCAAUCACUCAACCUUUUUUUUAACUCUUUAACAUUUCCCACUUUUAGCUGGACUGUGGAAUUCAUCCUGGAAUGUCAGGAAUGGAGUCUCUACCUUUUCUUGAUGAAAUUGAUACAGCAGAAAUUGAUCUUCUCCUUGUCAGUCAGUAAGUGGUUAUUAAAGAAACCCAAUUUGUCACAACGGAAGUUUACUCAUCAUCAUCAACUUAUACAGUAGUUGACCAAAAUAAACCCUUGCUCAGUCACCUGAUUUAAUACUUAAUACCUACAAUUAAAUUCUAGUCAUCAAACUUGAUCCUAUGAAAUAUUGUACAAAGGGGGGAAAAUGCUGUCUAACAGAUAAAACGCUAUCCAGUGGUGAAAAAUACUGCGGUAUCUCCUGGAUACUGGAGAUUUAUCGGAUGGAGGAUGGUGCUAUACAAACUCAUAACUACCAGGGUCCAGAGUUUUUUUGUUUUGUUUUGUUUUUUUUGCUGUUUUUUUUGGAAUGGGGGGAUUUUUCUCGUGUUUGGUGGGUGGGAGGAAGGGAAACUUAAAGUAUUCAUGUACAUUGUAUCUAGAGAUCAUGUAAAUAAUUCAAUACAUUAGCUAAUAAUAGAAACUACAAGCACCUGAUGACACCAAAAAAUAAUAUGAGACAGUUAAACAUUGAUCUUUUCUUCUUUAUUUGAGCAAUAACGAAGGGGUGCAAGUUUAACCCUUUAACUUCCAUGAGUGACCAAGACAGAAUUUCUCCUUACAAUAUCAAUACAAUAUCAACCAGAUAGGUGAUGAGAAUGAAGAAAAAUAUAAAUUUGGGAAUAAUUAGUUGAUCCAAUACUAAUUCUCUGAACUAAUGUGUAAGAAUUCUAUGGUUGACUGUAAGGAGAAUUGCAAAUUUUAUCUGGGAAUUAAAGGGUCAAGGGAAGGGCCAGAAUUAACCGGUAUGGCCUGUAAACAGGGGCUGGGGGAGGGGGGAAUACUUGCAAACCAGAAUAAUUUUUUUUGUUUGUAAUUAUAUGUAAAAGUGGACGCAUGAAAAGGUAGUGGGGUAGGGGGUUAAUUAGCAAUAUUCUGUGGUGUGUUUUUUAUGUACUCUAAGUAUUCAGAUCAGUUUUGAACCUAUGUGCAAGAAAUUUUGUUGUUAUCCAUUUCCAGCUUUCAUCUAGAUCAUUGUGGAUCGCUUCCUUGGUUUUUGGAAAAGGUGAGCAACCACCACAAUGUUCUGAUACAUUGUGAUGUGUGGAAACAACCUGUUCAUUUAAUUUUAUGUUGAAAACUUAGUGAUAAAGUUCAGUAGAUUUUAGUCAUCCUUGUUCUUGUUUGAACUCCAGCACAAUGCUCAAUGCUCCUCUACACAAUUUUUCUUCAGCACUUAUCCCUGAAAUCUGUUUACCCUUAAUACCCUGAUAUCAGUAUGCAUAUUCUCUGCACUGUUCUAUACAUUUCCAAUGGAGAAUUGGUUUAAAAGCCAAGGGCAUCUUUAGAUGCUGAUUAUUUCUUCAAAUCUUGUGACCUUAGUAUGUGAUUCAUCAGUGAUGCUGUAAGGAGAAAUCAGAUGUGAGUCACUCCCUCGGAUUAAAGGGUUGUCUUCAAUUAAAAUGGCUUUUUACUCAUAGUUCAUGUUAUUUAAAUGGUGUUUAAUCUUUAAAGGAUUUUUUUCUUUGCUUUUUAGACAACAUUCAAGGGAAGGUGUUUAUGACACAUGCAACCAAAGCAAUAUACAGGUACAUUGCAUGAUUAAGAUUACACAGAUGAAUAUUGCAUAUUAGGAUAUACCACACAAGUGGCUGGUGUGCAGGUGAUUAGCAAGUAUGUUACACCUCCAAGCCGCCGAAGAGACAAGAUCAUAUCUUAAGAGUUUAAUUUCUAACCAUUUUUCAGUAUAUUGACAGAAAUGAACUUAUAAGCUUAAAGCUAGAACUUUUGGCUUCUGUGUAGGACAUACUAAAAUUUGCCUCAUUAUUAUUAUAUACAUUAUUUAUAAACAUUAUUUGCCUCAGUGUCCAUGAAAGUGGUGGAUAUUUACCAAGCCAUUUUUCAGCAUGGUAAAUAUCCACCAUUAUGAAUUUUUCAACUCUGAUUAUUGUAUUUCAACUGUUCUGAUUGGUUCACUCAACUCCAGUUAUCAGCUCUUAUUCCAAAUCACCUUAUAUGGAAGGGCAAAGCACCAUCUGUUGCAGAGCUGAAAAAAGGCUCCAAAUAAUAUAGCCUGGUUGGCUAUAUACCAUCUUAUAACCAUUUGUGCCCUCAUGGAAUGAUUGUUAACUAUUUCCCUCCAUUUUAGUGAAAAUAGCAUCCAUUUUACUGUUUCAAUUAAUCUUUCAGAAUUCUUGGGAAAAAUUUUUCUAGCAAGCAGUUUGAGUUUUUCUCUUUCCUUUCCUUUUUAGGUGGCUUCUUUCAGAUUACGUCAAGGUUAGGUAAGUAUCAUUAUACAUUUCAAGCAAAGGAGGCCUUUGGAUAGAGAUUCUUCUUCACAUAUUAACUAGAACAUUACUAAUUGCUAUUCCAAGCCAGCUGCAACAAGAGUAUUUUUCACCAAAGGUACAAUGACAGGCUUACUUACUUAAACAGCUAUGUUUCAGUUGUUUCUACCUGUGUCAGCUCAUACAUUAUACAGCCUGUUGUGUUUGUUACAAAAGUGAGCAUCCACCUUUUGAGGACACUCUUUAAAUACAUUGUCCUCCUCUGCAUCAGCCAGUCCCAGUAAGCUCUUGACAAAUCUCUUUGACUUCCAUUCCUGCUCUAUGGCUUUUUUUAUGAGCUGCAUAUGUAACUCUAUUGAAGUAAUAUAAAUAUAGUUGUUUCCACAAACUAUACAGACACAGGACAGUUUCACUCCUGGAUGUACUUGUCCUUAGUGUGAUACCUCUGGCCUAGUUUAGCAAAACCCAUCAUAGAUUUGCCCUCUUUGUUGGAAACACUCAGAAAUCUCUGAAAAAAUUAUCCUUAGAAGUUAUUUACUGGCAUGCAACAAGUGGCUUCAUGGUUUAGUUGGUAGUACAGUGUAGUGCCCAUCAACUAUCUGGGAAUAGAUGUUGAAACCUCAUUGGAGCCUUCAAAUUCUCAGACUCAAUGUAUUGCAAUGACUACUAUUGCAGUGCACCUGGGAAGAACAGUUUGUCAUGUGUCAUUUUCAUUACUGUUCAUUAUUUUUAAUUAGUAACAUUGCAACAGAAGACAUGCUGUACACUGAGUCAGAUCUGGAAAAGAGCAUGGACAAAAUUGAAACCAUUCAUUUCCAUCAGGUUUGUUUUAAUCUACAGCUUUAUCAAUACAUAAUUGUAACUUAUGAUAUCCAAAGUAGUAUUUCUUCAUCUUUUCUUUUUUUUGUUCUUUUAGGAAAAAGAAGUUAAUGGGAUUAAGUUCUGGUGUUACCAUGCUGGUCAUGUUCUUGGGGCAGCCAUGUUCAUGAUAGAAAUUGCUGGUGUAAAGGUUUGGACAGUCCUCUAAAAGACUAGUUUUUUGUUGAAUAUUUCCAUAGUGGCCAUCCUUUGCGCAAGAACACAGGCUUACAGGCUGAAAAAAGUGUCCUUGAAGUGCCAGUUUUUCUUUAUAUUCACAUCUACAAUUUGUUAAAAUUUGUUAAAAUGUUAUGACAAAUUUAACUUAAGCAUAAACUACACAGUUUCUUAGAUUUUUAAGUGGGAUACAUAUUCAUGACUGUUACUGUUAGGAAGAGGUGGCCUCUCAUAUGUCCAUGGGUAGCUGGCCUUUGUUUGAGGGUGCCAGUUCACAGAGGCUCAAAUGCACUGUUUACUAAUAAUACUUACUGCACUUUCUAGAAUGAAUUAUUGGCAUUUGUAUUCAUAAUUAUCCAUUGAAUUUUGCACCUAGUUUGCUAUGUUUUUAACAUUCUUUGAUGUUGUUGUUGUUUUCCAGAUUCUUUAUACAGGAGAUUUCUCUCGACAAGAAGAUCGUCAUCUGAUGGCAGCAGAGAUCCCUAGCAUUUCUCCUGAUGUUCUCAUAAUUGUGAGCUACCAAUCAUUUAAACUCAUCAGUCUGUUAAUUAAUUUUUGUUGUGUAUUUGGAGCAUCCAGCAGUGUAUUUCAAAAUGAUUUUGGCUUCAAACUUUAAACAUUUAACCCCUAAGAGUGAUAAGUGUCUAAUAUCUCCAAGCAUUAUCACCACUGUAUCAAACAUUAAGUUCAUGAGAAUAAAGAAAAUUAUCACAAACUCAAGAGGCACUUGACUAUAAGACAAAUUCUCCUUUUCAGUGCCAUAGGAAAUGUAUAGGGAACACUAUGAAGAAUUACAUUUUGAUGUUAGGGUGUAACAGGGUUGAAGCACAAGGUUUCUGUGACAAAAAUGAGUACUUGUAGAAAUUUAGAUUCUUUGUUUUACAGCCAUGGCUUAAAGUAUUAAUAUUUUAAAAACGUGAGAUCAAAUGUAUUUAAUUUUCUACUUUAUUUUGACAAAUUAUUAUUUUCUAAUAACAACUUUAGGAAUCUACUUAUGGUACUCACAUUCAUGAGAAGCGAGAAGACAGAGAGAACAGAUUUACAAGUAUGUUCUUAAAACUGAUACCAAAAGAAAAUACACCCUACUACACCAUAAUCCAUUUUAUUCACCCAAGUUGGUGGAGAGUUUUGCAUCAAAGAAUACAACACAGUGACUCUAGGAAAAGCAGAAACAAGUUGUUCCUGUAGUUGAUUUAUUCCUCUGUACCCUGAGAUGUACAGGUGUAGGUAGACACAUAUUUGUCACAAUGUCUCUCUGCAUAAAAUGCAGUACUAUUCUAGUUGAUAGGCUCUUCAGUUCUUAUCGAGAGAUGAUCCAACAGCUUGAUAUGAGUACAGCUUACAUUCACAUUUAAACACUCUAGUUAAUUACAUGACAUUUCAUUCAUUUGAUAAAUCAUUCAAGAGAAUGCUGAAAUCGCAGACCAAAGUACAAGUACUGAAUUUAACUACAGUAUUGAUCUAUUUUUAUGUAAUUUGAAACAAGUAGGCCCUUUUGUCAAUCGUUUUGAAUCUAUUCAGGUACUGUCCAUGAUAUAGUAAACCGUGGAGGAAGAUGCUUGAUUCCUGUCUUUGCUUUGGGGCGAGCUCAAGAGUUGCUUCUCAUUCUUGGUAUGUUAGGUCCAGUUUUCUUUGCAAUUCUCUGUUAUAAUUUUGUAAAUUUCCCUACGACUAAACCCCAUUUUAUGAUUGGCCAUAAAAUGCAAAAAAAUUCCAACUGAGUAAAUUUUUAGGGACUUACGGUUAUAGGAAGUGUUUUGUUUUGUUUGUUUGUUGGUUGGGUUUUUUUUUUGGGGGGGGGGGGCGGCGGUUCUGUAUGGAUUUUUAGUUGUUUCAGUUGUCUGAUAGUUUCAAUGUGCUUUUCUAAGCUAAUACAGCUCAAAAAAGAUGUAACAGUGAUGCUUUAAGAAGACUUGUAACGGUCAACCGUUACAACUGAAUAAGGGGGUAAUUUUCUAAAUAAACUGUGGUGCUGGGUCGGUAGGGCUGGGGGGGGGGAAGGGGGGGGAUUGGGAGCGUUACAAGACAAUUGGGUUGUAAAUAUUGAGUUGAUAACGUAAGUUGGCCGCCGAAGAGACCCUCUAAAGCUGACCUUUCGAGUGUCAGCCCUUUGUCAAUCGCUAUGACGAGGGGCUAGCGCUCGAAACUCAGCUUUGGAAAAUCUUUACGAUGGCCAAUUUAUAUUAUCAACUCAAUUGGUAAAAGCCAAUUGUCUUAUAAAUUUAAUAAUCUUGCAUUCAAAGAAUUCACACUCAUGCUUCAUAAUCAGAUGUCAACACCCUAAGAAUGCCGUUUUUAACGCCACUGGAACUACGCUUACUUUCUUGUAUUUAGUAAUAACUGCUUAAGUGUAUUUUGUAAAUGAAUAAAGGGGGUACGUUUCUUGGUGCUGCGUCGGUAGAAGAGUAUAACUGGGUAAUUUAGUAUUAUAAACUGAGUUGAUAACGAAAAUUGGCCAUCGUAAAGAGUUUCAAAGCUGACGUUAGAACGAGUGACAAAGGGCUAAUGCUUCGCUCUGACGAAGGGCUAACGCUCGAAACGUUAGCUUUGAAACACUUUACGGUGGCCAAUUUACGUUAUCAACUGAGUUGAUAAUACUAAAUUAUCCUAUUUUGUAAAUGGAUUCCUGUAGAUGAGUAUUGGCAAAAUCAUCCUGAGCUUCACGAUGUUCCAAUCUACUAUGCUUCACAACUGGCCAAGAAAUGCAUGUCAGGUGAGAGAAGAAUGCCAAGUUUGUAAUUGUUUAUGUUGCGUUAACAAUAUUUUAGAACGUAGAAUGACAAGAAGAAUUUGUUUAACAUUCAGGAGCUUCGUGAAUUAGUGAUCAUUUACUCUCGCGACUUUUACAUUUGAUUAAAAGCAAAUACUACAAGCCAGUCUCUCUUAGCGGUUGAAGGGUUAAAGAAAGAGGUUUGUGAGAAGUUAGUUUUCACAGUUUCAGAGCACUGGGCCUCCUUCAAUUUAUCCUAGAGCAUAACCUUGAAAUGCGACACUUUUUUGAAGAGGAGAAUGUAGGUACAUAGAACACUCAAUGUGGUCUAGAAAAUAUGCCGCUGAAUAAGAUACCAAGGAAACCCAUCAUCAGAUGAAGAGACGAUCAGGUUACAGCGAGUGUUUCAUUUUGUAGAAUGUGCGAAACAUUAUUUAAUGUUGCAAACAUCCUAUGCCCUGUUUAAACAACGAGAGAGAGUUGUAUGAGAUUUUCUGUCUGAACUAUUUAUCGGGUAUUGUGCAACACCGUUGUAAAAAGGGGUUAAAACUAAGAGUAAACGAAAGGACUUUCCGCCGGGACAAAACAAAUUGCCUUUGACAGGAAGUGAUCGUUGAAGACGGGGGCAUGUUAGUGGAGGUAAGACACCGAGACUGUCACCAAGACCAAGUUAGAUAAAAGAAAACCAUAUGCGAACCAUACUCCUUGAGGUCGCCGUAUCGAUAGGAAAGUGUCCUCCGACACAUGCCCAGUGACAAUGACCAAGGCUAUUUCUUUUCGAUCCAAAAACGUAUAGGUUAAUUAUUGGCCGUUAUGGUUUACACAUUUACAUAUCGUUAUUUGCUUUUAUUUGCAGUGUUCCAAACAUAUGUCAAUGCAAUGAAUGAGAAAAUCAAGAAACAGGUAAGAUGAUUAUUGUUGCUUCACCAUCCAGGCUUAGGUUUAGAAAAAGUCACUGAAAUGCAAUUAUGUACUCUGCAUAUUUGACGGUCGUAUUGAAGAACUGAAUGGUGGUAAAAUGUUGUUCAUUUUAUACUUGCUGAUAUAAUCAGGACGUUUCCUUUUUACUAGAUUAAUAAAGUAAAUCUUUUUUGUGUUUAUAGAUCGCCAUUUCUAAUCCAUUUGUGUUCAAACACAUAUCGAACCUGAAGGUAAGGUGGUACUGUAGAUGGUAUGCAUGUGUGCAUGUCAAUGCCAUGUAACGAUAGAACACUCAAAGCACAUGUUCAUCAUCUGUUUGUUUGUUGAUUUCUUGGCUGUUUGCAUGCAUGUUUGUUAGUUUAUUCUUUUGUUGGAUUGUUUUUUCUAGGGUAUUGAUCAGUUUGAUGAUAUCGGCCCCUCGGUUGUAAUGGCAAGUCCUGGAAUGAUGCAGGUUUGUGAUUGAAACAAAAGUUAAGAUCCAGACAUAGCUGAAUGUUUUUAACGGAAAAAAUAAGCAAACUUUUUAUAUUUUCAUUUGUUUUCUUUGUCGCUGAUUUCUCUGUUUUUAAGCUGCAUAAACUAUUAAAAUCUUAUCAAGGAGUAGCAGCAGCACACAAAAUGGGCGUUGAGUCAAUGAGAGAAAACCUCGGCCCUAUAAUUCACUUCUUGUGCAUGAAUACAAACCGGUUUUCUUUGCACACAGAGUGGCUUGUCACGUGAACUCUUUGAGCAAUGGUGUACCGAUCGUCGAAAUGGUGUGAUCAUAGCUGGUUACUGUGUAGAGGGGACACUAGCCAAGGUAUUGUGAUGAAAUGAACUACUCAGUAUGGUGCUCUGUUAACGUCCUUUACAGUUUUACACUACUGUUUUAUGUGACCAAGCAAACUGUUUAUAGGAAACAUGAAGCCAUUUUAAGUUCAACAAAGGCCUGCUGGACGGACAAACGGAAAAGGGAAAUGUGCGGGAAAGGAACCAUUGUCAAUAAAUAAGUGUUCUUGCUAACGGCUCGAUUACGGCUUUAAAACUUGAAUGAAGUGAGCCAAGUUGCUUAUUAAAUCGCGUCCAACUCCUGAUCCGAUGAUGCACUCGUAGAACUCAUAAUCUCUUUACCUUGUUUUGAGAGCUCUGUCAUUAUUUUAUUCUUAAUGUAUUUGCAUUUUGUACCAGACUUUGAUGUCAGAACCUGAAGAAAUAGCGACCAUGACAGGACAAAAGAUUCCACGCAAAUGUUCUGUCGGUGAGUGCUGGUGUUUCUGAUACUCAGAAUAUUUUCUUGUGGUACAUGAAGCUAUCUAUUUGAAGAAAAGUUCGAGUUUCCUUCGAAGAAACGAAGCCUCGAGUAUCAGACUUUUUUUUCCAUGGAGAGUAAACUUUUAAAAUUUUUUACAUGAUGUUCCGACUACUCCCCGUCAUGAUAGAAGUGAUUCGUGGUAGUAAAGAACUUUUCAGUGGCUUUUCGGAGGAAAUCCGAGAUGCAAUAGACUGUACCUCAGUGCGAUCAGCCAAUCAUAUGUAAGACUUGUGUGUAGUGACAUCCAUAAUCUUUAAAAUUCCAAUCGGCAUCCAGUGAUAUGAACACCUGAAUUAAUGGUUUAUUCCUAGUUCUGUGAGAUUAGCAUUUAAAGAGUUAAUUGAUAAGCGCUCUUAAAGAAUUCGUUAAUGCUCAGCGUGCGUUUCGAGCUAUGGAUGCACGCAGAAAGUUUGGAGAGCACGAGAGAAGAGUAAGAGUUGUUCGCGGCGCGAUAUAGUUGCUCGAGAUAUUUUUUCUUCCUGAUUUUUUCGACUGGUUUUCAAGGUACUUUUAAUGUAGUCUAUUUGAAGUUUCCCAACAAUGAAUGUAUUCCCUUUCAGUGAAUUUCAGACCAUGCAUUAGUGUAAAAAUAACAAAUUGAUUCUGUGAUUUGUUAUUUGCAGACUACAUUUCAUUCUCAGCUCACACGGAUUUCGAACAGACAAGUGAAUUCAUUCGAAUUCUAAAGCCCCCUCACAUUGUAAGUGAAAUGUUGAGAGUUUCACGAAAUUUAAACAAGUUGUAACAACUCAGCCUCAGUUUCCUGUAGACCCUUCUUACUUUAGAAAAGAAAAAGACUCCCCUUAUACAUAGGCACAGAAAGUAAGUAUUUAAGUGGUCCAAAAGGCACGAGCUGAAAUUUCAAGUUCAAAUGAAUAUUUUGACACAGUUCUAGAUUGGAAAAAAUGAACAAGUCCCUGCUUAUUUUAAGAAUCCAAACGCAUGAGCGCAUCAUGGACAAGGUUUUCAAUACACUGGUUGGAUAAAAUUAACCUUAAUCGUCUUGUGAUUGCUUCAAAAAAGUUUGUUAUAUUUUCUCAGGUGCUGGUUCACGGUGAACAGAACGAAAUGGGUCGACUGAAAGCCGCUUUGAUUCGUGAAUACGAGGACAAUCCAGUAAGUUACGCACGGGCAAUGUUUUGUAAGUAUUAGCUUUUUCAAUAGAUAAAGUGCUCAGACUAUUUCUUAUUUUGUACCUUCAUCUACAGGAUGCCAGUGUGGUGGUUCAUAACCCCCCUAAUACUCAAAGUGUAGAGCUCUAUUUCCGGGGGGAGAAAAUGGCCAAGGUAAGCAUGAUUUAUUGUUUCGUGUUACUGCAUGAAUAAACUUGAGUGAAUUUCUCCGACCACUUACUGUAACACUUUUAAAGCUUAAAAGUCCUAUUUACAUUUGGACCGCGUCUUAUUCUCAUAUGGAGUGAAAUAGUGAACACUUCUUGAAUUGACAUAUUACACUGCGUGCGACCCUUUCAGGUGAUGGGAAGUUUAGCCGCCGAAAAGCCUGAGCACGGAAAACCAUUGUCGGGAAUUCUUAUCAAACGAGGCUUUAAUUAUCAUCUGAUUGCACCAGAUGAUCUCCAAAGUAAGUCCGCUGACAAUGUGCUUUGAAGCGUCGCACCGCACUGCAUCGCGCUGCAUUGCAUUGUUCGUAAUUUCCAUACUUGAAGAUCAGAGGAAAUACUUUAGUUUUACCUUGAUGACUGCUCGCACAUAGACUUACCUGUACCAAGCAUAGAAAAGACGAAUAAGAGCUAGGUUGAAGAACUUAAGAUGAAAGCAAUCUGACACCAGCUACCUGUGGAUUGUAGGAAAUAGUUGCACGCUCUUCAAUCUCUAAGAAUUUAAACAGAAUUUCAAGAAUAUUACAACUUUGCGUGUGCUGUUAUCCUCUUAUCUACCAAAUCCAGACAAAAAAACUUUUCCUUAGCCUUUUGCCCUUAAUGUUUGCCUUGGACUACUAAAAGACGUUUUCUUCGAGCCCUAAUUAACCUAGGAGAAUAUGAUAAGUUUCGAUAUUUAUGGUUCCUCUACAUGUAGCUUGGCUCCCUUUGCCAAUCAUUGAUUUCAUUUUUUCUAUUUUUUUUUACAGAUUACACAGAGCUAUCCACGAGUGUUCUUACUCAGGUAUGAAAAUUAACAUGACUCGGCAUUAUAUCUUGAGAACUGGGAACGAGAUCAUCGAAAUAACCAAACCGUACUGACAUCAUAAUUCCCAAAGAAGUGUGCUGAAAAUAUUGUUGGUAUACGAAAUUACUUUAUUAAAACGACAUAGAAUUUGCAAAAAAAUAGUGGAAGAACACUGCAAUGGUAGAAAUGCACCUUUUGCAAAGCAAGAUUGAUUUGCAUGACCGCUGCUUACGUUCUAAAGAGAUUUUCUGUUUGCCCUGACCAUUUUUUUAGUUGUAUUUUCUUUUCUCCUCUAGAAACAAACUGUGGCUUUCCACGGUGCCUUCUCCCUUCUUCUGCAGUGCAUGGAGAACUUAGCUGGUGAGGUGGAACAACUCUCAUUACAGGGAGGCAAACUCGCGCUGAAAGUGUUUAAAGCUGUCACAAUCGUUCAGGAGAAACGAAGCGUUGUUGUGGAGGUACACAAUAGUGCUAUUUGUUCUUCUCGGUGUGACUUUAUAUUAACUUAGAUGAGACUUCCCGCUGUGUUCCUAGCGUUUCUUUAGGCGAAAGCUGAGCAACAUCUCUUGUGUUCUUGUCGUUUUCCUUGCUAUUGCCAUGGAUGUUAUAGGUCUGUCGAUUGAUGACAGUCUUGUUUCCUUUUAGUGGAUAGCAAACCCUGUGAACGACAUGUACGCCGAUGCUGUCCUGGCCGUGAUUUUACAAGUUGAAUCUAAUCCCACAGCUGUUCAAGGUGACUGAUUUGACUUGGACUGUUGUACUGAACGCAUGUUUGCCUCUAUCUUCAGUGUGUCUGUGUGAUACACAUGUAACUCCUUGUUUCCAAUUGGUGGCUGUAAGACUAUGUAAGAAAGGCUUAGUUUGACCUCUGUUUUUUAGGCCCUCUUCCAUAUUUGACAAUUAGGUUACGAACUCGAUAUUCUAUCACAUGAUAAUUGAUGAAAGCGAAGCCCAGACUACCUAUUUCGCCUGGAAACCGAGAGCGUAUUAUGUAAUUGUUUUAGUGUAAAUAUACUCGUCGACAGGUACAAGCUCAUGUUUUUAUUUCAUAUUUAUAACACCACACAAUGUUUGGGUACUCACUUUACACACGAUCUAUCGUGGUGUUGGUAGCAAAUAGCACAACCAAUCAGAUUGCAGCAUUUUUGUUAGAGCGCAGUUUACUUUAAGCUAAUUUUAAUCAGUUGGUGUCGAUAGCUCUGAAUGUUGUCACGAAUUUUCCAUUGAUCAUCAACUAACUUCCCUUUGACUCUUUGUUUCGACAGCUGCUCGUGCUAAGAAGCCAGAUAUAAGCCAGUUUCCAGAAAGGUAUUUUUGUUUGUCUUUAUGUUUCUGUUUUCGUUUCUCCUUAUCUUAGAUUUGCCCUUUCUAGAAAUACAGGUGGUCCUCUCUUUGGAGUGAUACACCUUUAUUCUGGGGACGCCCAACCAAGGGGCCAUUUUUUUUUUGACCACUGAAAAAGGCUCAUUUAAUCUGUGUUUGUUGCCUUGGAGAAAUCUCCAUGAAAGGAAUGGUAUAUUUAGUCUUAAGAUUGUCCCCGGAAUUGAGUUUCUACGAAAUAAGAUUUGUUGAUUAAAAUGACUCUGAGGCAGUUGCAAAAGCUGAGGAUACUUGAACGUCGUUAUGUUAAUGAUUAGAUAACUGUUGAUUCCCCCACCGCUUCAGCCUCAGAUUAACUUAGAGGUAUUGUUUUCCUCGCCCUGACCACUACCGAUACCAACUGUAACAUAAGUUGGUAGGACAAAGUCCCUUAUAUAAUUCACACGAAUGGACAACCAGACCUUAAAGUGACCUGUUACUAAUGGCGAGCUUACUAUCUUGGACUUAUCGCCAGAGAGUUUAGCCUCCAAUCAGGAAUCAAACCUUAGAACCUCAGGUUACCAAUGAUCUCGUGGCUCGGCAGGCCAUUCGCUCAGUCCAUGUAUGAGAAGGAACGAGGAGAAAGAGAGUGGGAGAAGUGGGUGGGACUCUGGUCUAAACAUCAGCAUCUGGAAAGGGGAUCUCAGUUUACGUCUAGAUGUCAAAGUUAAUUCAUUGGAAUUGACAAGUCCCCGCCAACGCCCAAACUUCCUCUCUUUGCAAACAAGCACCCUACACACUAUUCAGGUCACUGAGUGAUCAAAGUAUUUGUUCAUUUACUCGCCACCGGCUCUCCUUUUAUCCAACAGACUGAUGAGGCUUUUAAGCGGCACUUACGGCGAGGAUGCUGUGACAAGAACCACGAAAGGAGACCAAAUCUCCGUCAAGUUGGACGGACAGAUAGCUGUCAUCGACCUUGAGACACUGGUAAGAUGUCGGUCAACUGUAUGACAAAUUUUAACAAAGUCACAACAGCGAUUGAUAGAGUGACUGAUUGCUAUUAUCUUAUUUUACCUUUCAAAGGAGGUAGAAUGCUUGGAUGAAAGUCUACAGAGUCACGUGGCCUGUACGGUGAAACGACUUCACAAUACUAUGGUACCUUGCCAUUCCUGAGAUAAAUGGAGAUGAACGACACCCUCAGGAUGAAAAAAAGCAUGUAAAAUCAAGUUAAAAAACGCACGUAGUCGCCUGUAACUUUAAAUCCCUUUUAGAAACCUUCACGUGCAGUAUCACGUGUUAUUAUAUUUUACAAAGAGCAAGAGGCAGGAACGCCUCGCUGUGUUUCUCUCAUGCCCUGUCUCAGAUCAUACCAGUUUACAUCAACCCCUUGAGGAACAUUUGACUUGAGAACGCAAGAAGACUCAUUGAAACAUUGCUUAUUUAAAAAACGACUAAACACAUCUCUUUUACCUCAUUGUUAUUGCGGAUACUUUAGCAUCACACUUACUAGUAAACCAAGAUGUACGAGACGCAACCUAUUUUACUGGUAAGGUAUAAAGAUGUAUUCCUUUUGGAAUUGGAAUCGUAGAGGCUCCGCUGGGUUCGUGGAUUCGAGGGAGCAAAGCAACUGACUGGAUCAAUUAUGGGCAAUUUAACUGAAUUUUCAUUUAAUCCGCAAAUUAUUGCUACGUUAGUCUUUCUCAUAAAACUCUACAACUACUGUAGGACUCACUUAAGCAAUUACAUUCAAUUCUAUAUGUUAUUGAAAAAUCUCGGAUGCUUCGCUGAGCAUGCCGAGUAUUUGUACUCUGUUUUACUAAUAUAACUAAGGAAAUAUACUGAAAAACUUGUGCGGAACAAUUACAUUCACUGGUUUGGUUGUCAAGGAAUCUUCACCGCUGAGCCCACGAGGUCUUCGGGGCAAGUAUUGUGCAAAUUUAAUGGCGCUAGCUGGUCAAGAGAUGCUUAUUUCUAGUAGAGUAGCAUGUAUCAGAGAGGUCAUAUAAUUAAGCGAUUAUGUAAUCUCAAACUGAGCUCGAUUAUUGCUAUGAACAAACCAACCCUCCAUGAAUUAAACACCCAG